AUGAAGCCAUCUGUGAUACAAGUCGAAGCGACGCCGGAAAAACCCAAGCCAUCAUUUAUCCAAGUUCCUGAAUCAUCUCCAAUGACUAAGGAAGAAUCUACAACAGGAAGAUUAGACUCGUUAAGAAAGUUUCAGUUUCAACCAGGAGAUGAAUCUCCUAUUCCGAAACACCAGGCAAAAGUCUCCUAUGAGACAAAGAAGAACAUUCAUCUGCUUCGCAAGAAGUAUCCACAUUUCACAGCAAAAGAGAUCUUCAGAGCUUAUAUCUCAUGUAAUUCAUCGUUGAAGCUCACUAAUGAUAAACUCGCAACCAUGCCAGUCAGAAGUCCAUCAUCGCAAUCACCCUCCACCGGAGCGUUGAUUCCUACAGAUAUACCCAAGCGAGACCCUCCUCGUAUCAACUUACAAUCCAGUAAGGUGAACGUUGGUAAGAAGGAAUCUAUUUCUUCGCGUUAUCUGACUCGCCGUCAGGAACCACUAAACGCACCACAGGCAAGUUCGGUUGAUCCAACGAUCAAGAAAAGAAAAUUAGUUAGAGUGUCUAGCUUGGAAGGUACAACCCCUCAAUUUCAACUGCAACAACCCGUGUUGUCACUUGAAGAAGAAGAGGAAGAGGAGGAGGAAGACGCGAUACAAAUAGACGACUCUGACGAAGAAGUUGAUGGAGCUCAGUUUGAAUCAGCCUCUACCGAUUUUGAGGAAAAGACACUAAACUUUUUGAAUACAGCUGAUAAGCGGGACAUAGUGGAUGUUGCCAAUAUACAUCCAAGUGUAGCCGACUUGCUUAUUGCUAAAAGGCCAUUCGAGUCUUUGAGUUUGAUUGAAGAAGAUGACUUUUCAGAUAAGCCCGUAAAAGGUAGAAAGAAACCAACUGGCGAAAAAAUUGUCGAAAAGGCCUCUGAAAAGCUCCGUGGCUAUGAAGCUGUAGAAAAUCUCAUUAAGCAAUGUUCCUAUUAUGGUAACAGGAUUUCUAAUGAGGUCAAAAAGUGGGGUGUCGGUGUUCAUGGCGAGAGGGGAGAAUUGGAGGUAGUUGAGGUGGAUGUUGAUACCGAGCCCGAAGAUAGUGAGAACGAAGAUGGUCUGGGCCAAAAAUUUAGUACAUUGCCAGACCGAUCUAAAACCGCUCCUCUUCCUCAAAAUACAAAAAGAGUCAGAAGAAAACACAAAGCAGUGGAUUACGAAGAAGAUUUUGAGGAUGAUUUUGAAGAGGAAGAAGAGGAAGACGACGACGAAGACUACUUAUCUAAGAAUUCUCCAAAGAAGAGUAUUACUCAUAUUAAUAACAAGAUAGGAUAUUUCAAAAGAAAGCCCAAGUUAUUGAGUGAUAAAAUCAGCCUGAAAAAUUAUCAGCAGGUUGGAGUGAACUGGCUGAAUCUACUUUACCAAAAUAACUUGUCGUGUAUCUUAGCUGACGAGAUGGGGCUCGGUAAGACUUGUCAAGUGAUUGCAUUUUUGGCCCAUUUAAAGCAGAAGAAAUAUCCUGGCCCUCAUAUGGUUGUCGUUCCAUCUUCUACUUUGGAAAACUGGCUUCGAGAGUUUCGUAAAUUUUGUCCUGAAUUAAUUGUUCAGCCAUACUAUGGGUCGCAGGAAGAAAGAGGGGAGUUAAGAUAUCAACUAGCUGAUAGUGAUUCAUACGAUGUUUUGGUUACAACUUACAACUUGGCUACUGGAAACAAGUUUGAUCAGCAAUUCUUGAGAAGUAGAGAGUUCAACGUUAUCGUGUAUGAUGAAGGUCACAUGUUAAAGAACAGUCAAUCGGAGAGGUAUGCCAAACUUAUGAGACUGGGUGCUCAUUUCAGGCUUUUAUUGACAGGCACUCCAUUACAGAACAAUUUAAAAGAAUUAAUUUCUUUGUUAGCAUUUAUUCUGCCAAAACUAUUCAAGGAAAAGAAAGAUGACUUGAAAGUAUUGUUUGAUCAGAAGGCCAAGACUACCAGUAUAGAAGAUCCUGAUUUCAAUCCAUUGUUGUCACAGCAAGCAAUAUCAAAAGCUAGAACGAUGAUGGCACCUUUUGUUCUUCGAAGAAAAAAGUUCCAGGUGCUUUCACAUUUGCCCGAGAAGCAUCAUUUCAUUGAGACUUGUGAAUUUCUUGAUGAGCAGAAGGUCCUAUACGAAGAGGAGCUUGAGAAGGUAAAAAGAUUGAGAGAAGAAAGAGAAAAAAGGAAGCUAAUUAAGGAUGAGGAAACUUUGAAGAAACUUCCUCCGUUGCCGUCUCAAUCCAAUCUUAUAAUGCAGCUGAGGAAAGCAGCUUUACACCCAUUACUGUUUAGAGGAAAUUUCACUGACAAAGUUAUUAAGGAGAUGUCCGUUAAAAUCAUGAAAGAACCUGUCUACGCUGAUGCCAACCUGGAAUACAUUUACGAAGAUAUGGCCAUAAUGAACGACUAUGAGCUAAAUGAACUGUGCUUAAAGUAUCCUCGUACAUUAUCAAAGUACAAGUUAGAAGAAAAAUCUUUUAUGCAGAGCGGAAAAGUUCAAAAGCUUAAGGAAUUACUAGACAAGAUUAUUUUUGAGAGAGAGGAAAAGGUAUUAAUCUUUUCCUUAUUCACUCAGGUAUUGGACAUUAUUGAGGUGGUUCUCUCCGUUCUUAAAAUCAAGUUUUUGAGACUUGACGGCCAAACUUCUGUUGAUAUCAGACAAGAUAUCAUCGACAAAUUCUAUGAAGAUGAAACAAUUCCCGUUUUUCUUUUAUCUACCAAAGCUGGUGGAUUCGGAAUUAACUUGGUAUGUGCCAAUAAUGUAAUUAUCUUCGAUCAAUCGUUUAACCCACACGAUGACAAGCAAGCUGAAGAUAGAGCACACAGGGUGGGUCAGACCAAAGAAGUUAACGUUUAUCGAAUGGUUACCAAGAAUACAAUAGAUGAGAGCAUUCUGCAGUUGGCCUUGAACAAACUACAAUUGGAUAGUACCGUCAGUGAUGACAACGAUAAAAGCACCAGGGCAUUUGAGGAACAGACAGCCAAGGUCAUUGAACAAAUGCUUUUUGAAAGGGAAAGUAGCACAGACGUUCCAGAAGAGAAGAAUGCGUAA